AUGACAGAAGUCCGGAAUCCAGAAGCCGGUCCGGAGCUGGCGCCAGAAUUAGAGCCAGAACAAGCUGGAGAACAACCUCAACAUGCAAGUAAGUGUAAUAUAAUUGGAAUCGUUUAUAUUCAUAUCUUUUUGGAAGUUAAGGUACUAAAGUUUGUAGUCAAAAUGUGCAGAAGAGUUUACAGAAUCUUUUGAAAGUAAUUUAGAUACUAAUUGAAGCGCUUUUGAGUAUUAAUUUAUAUUGUUUUAGCUGAGCUAGUUGAAGGCGAUGAACAACUUUUGGAAUUGCAAGAUAAUGACACGGUAAGCGUUGGUUUUUUUUUGUGGUUUAUUUAGGUUCUUGAAGAUCUUACAACAAUAUUUGAGUCGAUUUCAAGAGUAUUGGAAGAAGUUAUGACCAAAACUGUCAUGUUCCACCUAACGUAAUAUAGGCUUAUCUAAAACAAUAAUUCUUUAUUAUUAGAGGUUUCAAUGCUUUUGUGAUUGUUUCACGGUAUUCUAAUGAAUAUUCUGACAAAUUUUGAAAACAUUCAAAUUACUUUUUUAAAAGUUACGAUCAAAAAAGUCAGUUUUAACCUAAAACAAGGUCAAUAUCACGAAUACUUGCCAAAAACCUCUCUGUAACUAUCCAACUUGCAGCUAGCAGACGAUGAGAUGUACGAAGAGAUAGUUGGGGAAGUGGCGUGUGGUGAGAAUGGUGAAUUCUACCUAGUAACCGACAACAACGCACCUGAUGUUGACAUAGAAGGCGUGAGCAAAAUUCAAGUCGUGGUGAACGAAGAUGGCACAGAAACUGUGAUAUUUCAAAACGAUGGAGACGUGGGCUUGUCGCAGGAUGGUCAGAAGAUGAACAACGAUCCAUACGACUACGAAAUGGAGCAUGAACAAGGUGAUGGUCACAUGUACAUGAUGAAUCAGAUGGACAGCUACAAUAAGGGCAGAAGGAACCGGGUUUAUGGUCAGGCGAGAUGUCCGGAAUGUGGGCAGACGUUUAUUAAUACGGCGAGGUUGGAGAGGCAUUUGAGUGUCCAUCAGGUAGGGAGUUAUGUUGUAGUAUAGGGUUAUAUGAACAUUGGUCUAUAUAGGUAGAAAAGUUAAAAUUCUAUUGAAAGGAAUUGAAAAAAGUUUUAUUUUUUAAACAUUCUAUAUACUUUAUGGCCACAAAUAUAAAAAAUUUGGGCCAACUGCCUUGUUUAUACGUUUUUGGACCUGUGCAGCCUGUGCAAUAAGGGCGCAGCUAGAAAAUGUUAAAAGUUGGUGUAUAUCAUGAAAGCGGAAUGAAUGACUAAAAUACGAUAUAAAAUGAUUUUUAAAAAUAAAAAUAUUUUUUUAAUAAAAAUAUAAUUUUAGGUAACAAUUUAAUUCAAAAGAAUUUAUAGCCAAGUGUAAUAUAAAAAUGACAUUUCAGAUUUUUGGCGCCUUCCUCUGCCAAUUAUGUGGAAAGACAUACAAGUACGAAUACAACCUGUUCUACCAUUGGAGAAAGACUUGUCGCGACUUGAGUGAGCUUAUCUCCGAGGACACACGCAAGUGCAUGGACGUGAACACGCUACGCGAGGUGGUCGAGAGUGUAGCCUCGAAGAAGGCGGACGUUGGGUCGAUUGAGUUUGGCAUUUCGAAUCAGCCAUUGCUGAGGAAUUUGGGUAUUAACCCACCAAUUGAGGCUAGGGCUCAUAUGUACGGCAAACGAGGAGUAAUGUGCAAAGGCUGUGGGGUUACGGUGUUGGCUGCUCAUUUACCACGCCAUUUCGCCGCACAUCGAGGUCAGGUCGAGGUGGAUCAGCCUUCGGUAAGGAGUUUGAGAAGAGGAAGAAAUAUAAUGUGGUCUAAAGGCGGUUAAAUUGAUUAAAACGGGCUAUCAGGGGGCGUAAAAAAGUUUUGUCUUUUUUUAACAUUGUUUUGUAUUGGGAAAAACGACAAAACUUUUUUUGACAGCUUAUACGCGAAAACAAACUGAAAAUAAAGUUUUGUUGUUUUUUAUUAUUGUUUUAUAUUGUGAAAGACGACAAGACUUUUUAAAACUUCAAUAAUGACCUUAGGCAUCAUAAUAACAAAUCCCUCAACUUCAGGUCGGUGGUGGCCACUUCUGCGACCUCUGUGGUCUCAUCUUCCGUCAUCGUGAGAACCUGUACAAGCAUUGGCGUGCCAACUGUUCCGAAAUCCAAGCUAAUCUGCCAGACGAGAAUGACAUCCAGAUGGACGAUACCGACCUCAAAGCCAUGGUCUGUGACAUUCUCAAGAAGACCUUCAUUGAUGGUGCCGACCCUUCUUCCAACAAUGAUAUGAAUCUUGAUCCACCCCCGAUCACUAAAACUGAAGACCGUGCCAGGGUUUUGGACUCGCUAACCGCUGAUUUGAAUGUUGACUUGAGUGGGAAUCCGAUCUCAGAUGAAAAUGUGUUGGACGAAGAAGAACAGGACUCUAAGAAUCGACUGUUCGAUCAGAAAUGGAUCGCUGAUCAUGUAGGUUGAUUUGGUUUUUUUACUUAAAAUGACUAAAAAUAGUGAUUUUGUUACCUAAAAUGAUAAGAAAUAGUAGUUUUGUUACCUAAAACAGUAAGAAAUUGCCUUUUGUUACCUAAAAUGGCAAUAAAUGGUACUUUUGUUACCUAAAAUUAUCAGAAAUAGGAUUUUUGUUACCUAAAAUGAUAAGUAAUCGUGAUUUUGUCACCUAAGAUGACAAAAAACGGUACUUUUGUUACCUAAAAUAGUAAAAAAUGGCGGUUUUGUUACCUAAAAUGAUAAGAAAUAAGGUUUUUUUACCUAAAAUUACAAAAAUUUUUGGUUUUGUUACUUCAAAUGUUUAGAAAUAGGGGUUUUGCUACCUAAAAUUACAAGAAAUGGUACUUUUGUUACCUAACAGUAUAAAAAAUUGGUUAAUAAUGUAAAAUACGUUGGACGUUAGUUUUUCAUUUUAGGGAAUUGUAUUUGCCGAUGAUCUCAGCGACACACAACUAAGGCAUCAACGAAUGUUCAACACGCUAACACAGCCCAAAUGGUCUAUCAAUGGAGAUAUGGUUCAGUGUCCGGAGUGCUUCAAGUAAGGUUUUUUGAAUUUUAAGUAACAAGGUAUUCAAAAAAUAAAAUUUUUAAAGAUUUUAGGUGACAAAUAUAGCAAAAUUGAUUUUUUUUGUAUUUUAGGUAACAAAAAAUGCUAAAAUUGAUUAUUUUGGGUAUUUAAGGUAACAAAGUAGUAAAAAAUGAACUAUUUAGGUAACAAAUGGAGCAAAAGAUUUUUUGAUAAUUUGGGUAACAAUUCACUUCUUUUCAGAACCUUCAUGAACAUGGGUCGCCUCGAGCGUCACAUGGCCGGCUACCAUGCUUCCAACGGCAGCCACCACUGUGUCCUAUGUGGUAAUCGCUUCAAAUACGACUACAACCUCCUCUACCAUUACCGUCGUAGCUGCGUCUACACGAAGGCCUUCAUCGACCGAGACGUCCGUGAACAAAUCGACGCCACUUCAUUGAGGAAACUGGUCCGAAACCUCUCCCAACGUCAACCCACCCUCCCCCAGAAUACCCAACAACAACAACCCCUCCAGACGGACUCACUGAUCCACAAGGAGAUGCUGGCUGGAAUGCAGAUGAUAACGGAGAACGUCGAGAAUCAGGAGCCAUCGGCUACGACUUCGAAACCGACCGUUCAGAGGAUUGCUCCGCAAAACUUUCAACCCCAGCGGACUGGAUUACCUCAUGGAUACAAGUGGGUCUUUUACGUUAAUUGUUAAGGGGGGGGAGGGGGUGGGAAUUUAUUGAGGUGGAGGGGGAGGUCUAGUAAGAAUAAUAAAAAAUUUUUUUUGAGGUAUGCGUAGAAGAGAGGCUAGGAGAAACUGAUUUUUUUUCGUAGGCGGGGUAAUUGUUUGUGGGGGGGGUUGGCAAAUUUUUUUUUAGAUUUUUUUAUAUUUUGUACAAAAGAGAGAUUAGACAAUUUUUUUUUCAAUUACAAAAAUUUGAUUCCAGAUGCCCCCACUGCCAAGUCGUCUUCUACGGUCGCACUGCCAUAUCACUACACAUGAGGAUGCGCCACAACGAAGAGUUCGUGGACAAAGACGUUGCGGUAGCAACGGCCGAAGAAGUGGAGAAGGAGGUAGAUGCACCCACUCAACCACUCCGCCGUACCACACGACGCACCUCACAACGUGUCAAACUCAACCUCGACGACGAGGUUCACGUCGAGGCGGCUCAACCCGAACAACCGCCCCAACUUGAGCCCGAACCCGAGUCCGAACCCCCACCACCAGUACCAACCACUGCCGGUCGUGUACUAGACGGCCAAGGUCGUGACAUCACCAAAGACGAAAUGGUACAGGAAAUGAUCGCCAGCGGCCAGCUGCAAGUUCACGACGGUGAGGACGUGAUCUUGAUGAUGGAGGACGAAGCCAUGCAGAACCUGGACUAUUACGAUCGCUAUGAUGAUUUGGGCCCAUCCACCUCACAAACCAUCCAAGUGCAACAACCAUACCCGCCCCGAGGCAGACCGAUUCGCCAAACCUACGAACAGUACGACCAUGAAGAGGUAGUACAACAUGAAGGGAGACAAUACCAUCAACGCGUGCACAUGGAACAACAACAGUUUGAGAUCAGAACGAUACAGGAGGAGGAGGAGGAUCAACAAUACAAUUCACCAUCAAUUCUGGGUAGAAGGGCGGCUAAAAGAAAGGGUAAGGGUGGGUGUGGUAAAUUAAGGAUGGGCGGGGUAAAUGACGAGUGGGCGGGGUAAAUGAGUUUUUAAUGGGAUGGCGGUACAUUUUUUUUGAUUCUGUGUAACAGGGGGUUAAAAGAAAUAUAAGGUAAGGCUGGGCGGGGUAAAUUUUUCACUUGAGGGGGUGGGGCGGGGUAAAAAUAAACAAAUUGCCGUAUUUUGGAUGAUAGAAAAAUAUAAAUCCGGGCCGGGUAAUUUUUUUUGAGGAGGGGGGGGAAGUGGGGGUAAAAUUUUUUAAAAAUUUUGAUGUGGAAAAUAAUUUUUUAUUUAAAUAUUUUUAAAAAUUUCAAACUAUAAUAAUUUCUCAAAUUUCCAGCCCCAGACUCGAAACACCUGCUGGACCCGAACAACAUGCCCGACCUCUACACCCCCACUCAAUCGCCACGCCGUAGCCUCAGGCAACGCACCGUCAGCCGCUCCAAACUGCCCGGAGAAUAA